UAAAAUAACACCUCCCCCCGCCACCACCAUCGCCAUUGCGUCGCGACGCAUCCAACAGCCGCGCGACGAAGGGGAGGGAGGGGAGGGGGGGCGAAUACCAAAAGGCAAGGCAAGAAAGGAGAGGAGAGGAGAGGAGCGGAGCCCCGGGCGGAGGAGAGAAUAGGAAACCCCCCGCGACGACCCCUUCCCCUGCCUUCUAUUCCAUUCCCUCGCGGCCCUGCUCGAUCGAGAGCAACACCUCCCGGUUCUCGCGGCGCCCGCCUGCUGGUCUCUUUCUUCCUUCCUUCCUUCCCGUGCCCGGCCUGGUUCCUGAUCGAGGCGUGGAGGGGGGAUUAAGAUGAGUCUCUUCGGGCUUGGGAGCAAGAAUCAGAAGACAUUCAGGCCUAAGAAGAAUGCUCCAUCCGGAAAUAAGGGUGUGCAGCUGAAAAAACACAUCGAUGCAACCUUAGGAAGCGGGAAUUUGAGGGAUGCGGUUCGGUUGCCGCCGGGGGAGGAUCUCAAUGAAUGGCUAGCUGUUAACACUGUUGAUUUCUUCAACCAGGUGAACAUCUUGUACGGUACUCUGAUGGAAUUCUGCACACCAGCUACAUGCCCCACAAUGUCAGCAGGACCCAAGUUUGAGUACAGAUGGGCUGAUGGGGUGCAGAUCAAGAAACCGAUCGAGGUUUCAGCGCCGAAAUAUGUUGAGUACUUGAUGGACUGGAUCGAGGCCCAGCUUGAUGACGAAUCCAUCUUCCCUCAGAAACUUGGAACCCCUUUCCCACAAAAUUUCAAGGAAGUUGUGAAGACGAUUUUCAAGCGCCUUUUCCGUGUUUAUGCCCAUAUUUACCACACACAUUUUCAGAAGAUUAUGAGCCUUAAGGAAGAGGCACACCUUAACACCUGCUUCAAGCAUUUUACAUUGUUCACCUGGGAAUUCAAGUUGAUUGACAAGGCUGAGCUCGCGCCGCUUAUUGAUCUAAUUGAAUCCAUUGUUUCAGUGUGCUGAGACAGCAUCAAUGAUUGUUUGGAUCGUUCUUGUUCUUUUUAUUUUGGUUAUAGUCAAGUGUGCAGAAAGAGUGAGAGGGAAAGGCCAAAAGAAUGGCCAAAAAAGUUAAAUUUUCUUUGUGUAAUGUUUGGCGUCUGCUCUAAGAGUGAGACCAGACCAGGCUUGCCUUGUGAACUCCAGGACAAACUAUUUGGGGCUAUCCUCUUGGGUGACUCUUAACCAUGCUAGCUAAUCAGCUAAUGUUCCCUGUUUACAA